GCCGACAACUUAUUCAUUAUAAUAAAACAGCGGUGGGUACUUUUGUUCUCUUCUUCUUCGUCUUCGUAAAAACAGCAAAUAUCAGUUUGGGGUUAGAGGUGAACGAACGCCAUGGCCAAUCAAUUGGAUGGAUUUAAGUUUGAGCAGAGACACGGCAAGGAUAGAGUGAGAGUGACCAGAGUUUGGAGAAGCUACGCUGAUGGCAAUCACUACAUGGUUGAGUGGAACGUUUCCAUUAGCCUCCUAUCCGAUUGCCUCAACGCCUAUGACCGCGACGACAACUCCGAUAUUGUUGCCACCGAUACCAUGAAGAACACUGUAUAUGUCAAAGCAAAAGAAUGUUCAGAACCGCACUCAGCAGAGAAUUUUGCAAUUUUGCUGGCUAAGCACUUCACUUCAUUUUACAAGCAGGUAACUACUGCCAUCAUAAAGAUAGUAGAGAAGCCUUGGGAACGUGUAAGCAUAGAUGGACAAUUGCAUACGCAUGGUUUUAAACUUGGAUCUGAGAAGCAUACAACAGAGGUAAUAGUUGAGAAGUCUGGAUCUUUACAGCUGACUUCUGGUAUUAAAGGACUGUCCGUGCUGAAGACAACCAAGUCAGGGUUUGAAGGGUUUAUUAGGGAUAAAUAUACAGUUCUCCCUGAAACACGAGAGAGGAUGUUAGCAACAGAAGUCACUGCAUCAUGGAGGUACUCUUAUAAAUCUGUCUCUAGUGUUCCUCAGAAUCCACUUUACUUUGCAGAGAAAUACCUGGAUGUCAAGAAAGUUUUGACCAGCACUUUCUUUGGUCAUCCUAAGGAGGGAGUAUACAGUGCAUCUGUUCAGAGCACACUCUUUCAUAUUGCGAAGGCAGUGCUUAACAGGUUUCCUGAAAUUUCAUCAGUCGAACUUAAAAUGCCAAAUAUCCACUUCUUACCUGUUAACAUAUCAAACAAAAAUGAUACUAUUGUGAAGUUCAAUGAUGAUGUAUAUUUACCAACAGAUGAACCUCAUGGAUCAAUAGAAGCUACUUUGAGCCGCUUCUGGUCAAAGAUGUAGAAGCUAUUGCACAUGGCAAAUGGAUAGAUGCCACCUUGCUCCUGCCACAUUCAAUCAAUUUACCUUCCAGCUUUCUUUUAAAAAUAAUCAGACUGUACCACCUUUGCUAAAAUUGUGACAAUUUAUUGAUCUGGAUAUGAACUUUGGUACUUUGUCCUCAAGAAGUUUCCUUUCAGACAAUGCUCGGAUGGAGGUAAAAUAUGGGAUGAAGGAAAAACAGAGGGAAGUUUGUUUUCUUAUUUGGGAAGAGGAAGCGUUUAUUUUCCUCUCAAAAUGUUCUCUCCAGGUCGGAGGAAGAAUAGAAGAAAGUAUAAUGAACUGUUGGAGAGAAUCUUGUUUUCUUAUAUUCGAAGACAAGAAAGGUAAUAAGGAAAAUAUUCUUUUUAAAAAAAAAAAAAAAAA